AUGGCUUCAAUCUGGAGAGGGUUGUCCAGAAUAGGUCCACGCGUGACAGCCGUUGGGCCCAGAUCCCUCCGGCGUUUUGGGACAUCCGUUAACAAUCGCGUCACGACCAACGCGUCUGAAGCACCCUCAGAUAGCAGAAUAAUCGUCAUCUCUGGUCCGUCGGGCAAGCUCUUCGACGCGCAUCCCGACACCUUCGCAUUUACCGUAUCCCAUACAACGCGCGCGCCGCGACCCUGUGAAAUCGAAGGCACAAAUUACUUUUUCGUCAACUCUUCCAAAUUCGCCGAUCUAGUUUCCCAAGGCGCCUUUGUCGAACACGCAAAAUUUGGUGGAAAUCAAUAUGGCACGAGCCAACAAACAAUCUCGGAUCAAAUAGCCAAAGGGCGAGUGGUUGUGCUGGACAUUGAAAUGGACGGCGUGAAACAGAUGAAGGCGAACCCAAGUAUUGAUGCUCGCUAUAUCUUUAUCAGUCCGCCAAAUUUUGAGGCUCUAGCGAAACGUCUUCGAGGACGCGGUACUGAGAAGGAUGAGGCUAUCCAGAAGAGGCUUGCCCAAGCCAAGGCUGAACUUGAUUAUGCUCAAACGGGCGCUCAUGACAAGAUCAUUGUCAAUGAUGAUCUACAGGUGGCGUGCAAAGAGCUUGAGGACUUUAUUUUCCUGACAGGUAGCUGA